UUUCCUUUAUCACUCCAAUCUGUACAAUGGUUUCCCAAAAGUAUCACACUCCGUUCUGUAUCAAGAACUGCAAGAUCGAACAUCACGACUUAGUCACCGUUUUGUGCUUGGAUAGUUCGCAAAAAUCCGACGAACUUCCCGACUUACUGAAGGAAUGCAUUCAAUCAUACGGCAGGAGCUGGGAUCGCAAUAGCAAUGUCCCUGAUCCCUUAGAAGAUCUGAGAUGCCCCCUGUUAUACCUUGCCUCUGCAUUCGGCAAGGCAGGUCUGGUGAAAGCUCUCCUACAGGACAACUUCGAUCCACGUGUUCUCAAUUCUUACGGCGAGACUGCCCUUCAUGGAGCUGUCGAGUACGUCUUCAGAACGGGAUCCUUGCAGACAAGAGGCUUGAAAGUGGCGUCAACUUUAGGGCCCAUUAAAAACAGGAGAAAAGCGUUUGAGCGAAUUUUGGUUGCUUUAACUGAUAGUGAUCCAAAGAUCAUAUUUGUCCAAGACAACAAUGGAAAUACAGUUUUUCAUGCUGCAGCUGAGAAUACUUGGAAUGAUCGACGAAAUGACCGGCUUGGAAAAAGUGCGACGUUUUACCAAUUCUGUAUGAGCAGUAUGGUGAACCAGGUUUUGCAGAUGGAAGAAGCUGGACAAAUCACAAGGACCGAAACCCUAGAGGGCUUGAAUGCACAGAACAAUGAAGGAGAUACGAUUUUUCACAUCUUAGCGCGAGAUUAUGCCUACGGUUUCAAGACCAUGAAACAAAUUCUGAAGAUUUUCUUUCCUGGGCAAGUACCAUCCAUAGUAAACAAAGAGAACCAGACUGUCCCCGGCAUCGCGUUGGAACGCAAUCGUAAGAAAGCGACGCAAGUUUUCCCGGAAUUUUUGGCGAAAAGUGAGAGUGUAAUCACGAUCAGCUCAGAAUCGGACAUCUCGGACAACGAGACACCAACUCCCAGCACCUCAAGGGACUCGGAGGAAUUUUCAACCAUCAGGGAAAAACCUCCCGCGACCAUACACGGAGAUCGUCCAACUGACAUCUCUGAUAACGAUGUACCACGAAUCACCCACACUAUCGAAGAAGAGGACAAUGGUUCCGAUGAAGUCAUCACUGUGUCACAAGAGACUGUCGCCGGGUCAGUGUUUCAAGACACCUCUUCUCCAACGGUUCCAAACUCUAGGCGGCACGAUCUUCUGACAGUUUCGUUUGACAGCAGUUUGGGGAAGCCCUCCCAAAUGGAUGUCCCUUCGUUUCUCAGCCUAUCCGAGAAAUCCAAUCCGGUCAUAUCCCCCUAUGACAGUGUGAUUAAUGUACCAGUUGAAGCAGAAGUCAUGUUCGUCUCUCAGACUGUUCAGCCCACCGUGAACUUAGAUUUGGAGGAAAAUAUCAAGUGGAAUAACGCAUCCGAAAAUGGAGACGCACUCCACACUGCAUUAAAACGUCCUGGGGAGUGCAAAACUCCUACCCUCGGCAUAGAGAGUGAGCCGUCUGACCCCAAAGCACCUUUCACCCACAAACUUUCAUCCGAUGAUUACAAAGUCGCAAGUAGCAGUACUAAGGACAUAGCUACAGUCGCAUCUCCCACUGAGGAGCGGACAGCCUUAAUCUCUGUGGAGGUUGCUGCAUGCAGCUUCGAUGAACCCGAAAAAAGUAACAGUGGGUCGUGUCAGGGCAAAAGCUCUUCAGCCGAGGGGUCUUGUGGACCCGAAGCUCAAAGAACACAGGUGGAACAAAUUGACCAAUCUGAGUUACUUGAUUCUCCAGUGUCAAAGAGUGGCUCUCUGGACGUGCAUAACACGCAAAUCCCAUCACAGUCACCAGUUACUCUCAGUAACAAAUGCCAUCAAGACGAUGUUGCCUCCAAGCAGCAACCCACUUUUUCCAAAGUCCUGGGGACCAGCCGCGGCAAGCAGGUUGCUAGUUCUUCCCAGGCCAAGGCUACUAGUGAGUCAACAGCUCGGGAUUUACCCAACCCCCCUAAAAAACAAAUCUCAGAGUCUUCAAGAUACACGGAGGUGUACUCCUAUGGCAUAUUAAACAAGCCUGUGCUAAGCCCACUACGCAACAGUGAUCGUACUAUUUCUGCUACUUCCCUCGCGUCGGCCAGCACUGAAAGUAUCCAUUCCGAGUCACUUGAACCGUUGGAAGCUGAUGACGAGGCCUCAGACGAGAAAAGCACUAUUUUGAAAUGCAUCACAGACAACUCUUUCCUAGAGUUUCUCAUAACCGAGGGGCUCGAACUGGAUGCGUGCAGCAAAAAGGGCGUGGUCGAAGUGGUGAUAGCGCAGUACAAUAAUAAACUUGACAAAGGAGAGAGUACAAUUCCUAAACUGGCGGCACAAAUGAGGGAAACAGAAUCAAAUAUUACUCAACAAAGAGAGAAAGUCAAACAGCUGCAAGAAGAGAUAGAAUUUGUGAAGGGAGAGAUUGUAAAAAACGAGAAUUUGUUUCAGGGCUUUACAACCGAGCAACAAGGGUUAAGCAAACAGAGGAAAGCUCUUAAAAGGAAAGUUGCCCGUUGUGAACGUACCAUGAAAAAGCUACUGGGUAAAGCAAAGAAACCUCGUCUGGAAUGAACUUUUUUUUUUCGAAAUUCUGUUUCGUUUCCUGGAUUUUUCGUGUUCCAUAAAGAUUUCUCCUGUUAUCUGGACUAAUAUCAAAAACAAGUUCUCUUGCCUUCUUCUCAUCCUUUUCUCUUAACAUUUUCACAGUGACUUAUUCCUUGGAAAGAUUUAGUCGUUUUUGUAACCCAAGUAAGCAGAAGAAGCGCUCAAAUUUUAAUUAAUUUUUUUUAUGCUCCCACACCAUAAUGGCUAAAAGCAAAGCAGUUGAAAGAUGAACCACCGAAAGAAAUUAAAGUAUGUCUCUAUAUUUUUCUUGAUGGUUUGAUUGUCAUGAUUUUGAUGAUAUAAAUAAAUGACUUGCUACCGUUCA